AUGGGGAAGCACUUCCUCCUGCUCCUGCUGGGCCUCUCCCUAGUGGUGGGCUUCCUGCAAGCUCUGACAUGCUUGCAGUGUGACAGGCUAAACUCCGAUGGAGAAUGUGAGAAAGGAGAAAGCACGUGUGAGGCUAAAGAAGGCCAGGAAUGUGGCAUAAUGGUAGUGUCUAAAGGUCAUGAUAUCCUGUUUGGGCAGCAGGAUUGUUCUUCUAAUUGCUUAAAUAAGACUUUCACCCAUCAUGACCUCACACUGGACUUUACAUGUUGCAACGACCAAUCAUUGUGUAAUGAGUUUUAG